UCCCCUCGCCGCACUCCUUCCCUCCGGCUGGAGGCGGCCGGGUCGGCUCUCGCUGGGUUCCCAUUCCUCCUCCCCCGGUGCAUGGUGGCGGCGGGAGCGGCGUAGGGUGAGCCCGGCGGGGCGCGGGCCGGAGGCGGCGGCGGGAGCGGAGAGGAGCCGCAGCGCGCAGGAGGCACCGGGGAGCGGGCACUGCUCGCAGGAGGUAUUGCCAGGCUUCUGAAGUGGUUAACCAAGGCUAAGAACAUAGGACACUGGUGCCUGAUGUCAAGCAGUGGGCAGUCCCCGUGGCCUUCCCUGCCGACUCGGAGCGUCAUGUGCCAGUAUGAGCAGUAAGGGGGAAAAGUGCGCUUUGGAGCUCAGCAUCCCCGCAAGAAGAAGGGAGGAACUGACUGGAGAGGACAAAUGACUGUACUGCUUGCAAAACUUGUAGCAGUUCACUUUUUCUCCCGAGGAGCGUUGUCUUGGCUGCUGUGAGUGCUGAAAGAGCAAGCGGAGCUGCAGCAGUGAUUUCCUUGUGGUCCCUUUUCUCUGCUUUAAUUUAACUUUUUCCCCCCUCCUGCCUGGAUUUAAGACUGUCAGCUGCAUUGUUUGCAAGCAGUGGACACCAAUAUGUGUCAUGUCAUUGUAACGUGUCGGUCCAUGCUAUGGACUCUCCUGAGUAUCGUGGUGGCUUUUGCGGAGCUCAUCGCUUUCAUGAGUGCGGACUGGCUGAUUGGCAAAGCCAAGCCCGUCAGCACCGAGGACACGGACAACAGAACGGGAGGGCUGCAGGAGCCCUACCACCCGACACUGGGCAUCUACGGGCGCUGCACGAGGAUCUCUCACAUGCAGCUCUCCAGACGAGAUACGCUUUGCGGCCCUUACGCCGAAAACUUCAGUGAGAUUGCCAGUGGGUUCUGGCAGGCGACCGCUAUUUUCCUAGCUGUGGGAAUCCUGAUCCUCUGCGCCGUGGCAUUUGUGUCUGUCUUUACUAUGUGUGUGCAGAGUAUUAUGAAGAAAAGUAUUUUUAAUGUCUGUGGGCUGCUACAAGGGAUUGCAGGCCUCUUCCUUAUCUUAGGCUUGAUACUUUACCCUGCAGGUUGGGGAUGCCAGAAAGCAAUAAGCUAUUGUGGACAUUAUGCUUCUGCUUACAAACUGGGAGACUGCUCCUUGGGCUGGGCUUUCUACACAGCUAUUGGUGGCACUAUUCUGACAUUCAUCUGUGCAGUCUUCUCGGCACAAGCUGAAAUCGCCACAUCAAGUGACAAAGUGCAAGAAGAAAUAGAGGAAGGAAAAAACCUUAUCUGCCUCCUUUAAUUCCAGUGGGAAAAAUACCAGUGCCUGGUUAUUAAUUUGCUAUCUAUUGACUCGAGGAGAUCUACUUACCGGUUUCCACAGUUUGUGUUGAGCCCCAUGCAUUCCAGCCCUGAACUACUGAAAUGGUCUUUCUUCCUUGCUGGGCAAUGAGGAUCAGUGAAAGGAUCCCAAGAAAGGAGAAUGUAAACACUUGGGGAUUUUUUAGUUUCAUUAUAUUAUCAGGACACUGUGGAGUAUAUUAAUCAGAUUGGGGAUGUGAGGAAUCAUAUAUAUAAUGGGGAUAUUGUUACAUAGCUGACAAAUUCUGAUUGAUUGGAUUGCCUUACCCACCGUGGUCACUUUAAAAAAUUUGGAUUUAAAAUAAUAAAAGCCAGCACGUUUUUUUUUUCACACAAUCAAGAAGCCUAUUUUAAUUGAGCUUUGUUUCCAAGGGCUCCCCUCACCUGUGAAUCUUUCACCACCAUCUGGUUUGGUACCAUAUUUUUAAUUGAGGUGCUUUUUCAUACUGAACUUCCUUAAAGUACAGUGCCUUCUCAUAUAGUAAGUAUAUGAUGGAGAGAUCAAAGCUGAUAUGAUGCAGUUCAUACAAAUCUUUAAACAGUUAAAGCUGAUUCCCUACCACAUCUCCUGCUUGAAACUUACAACACAAGGUGUGUGCCCCUUGUCUAGCAGGUAAAUUAUUUUGUUUUCAUUGACUCAGUAGAGAUGCUGUUGUUAACGCUGGUUUUCACUUGAUUCUGAUGCAACUGUUAGAAAUACCAUUUCAUCGUAUGUAUGUUGAAACAGCAACUCUGCCUUUAUUUGAAAUCCCCAAAAUCCGAAGCAGAUGAUAACUCCCCAGAGCACAGCUGGGCAUUAUCUUGUGAAUGCCAACAGCUGGAGCUGGGCUUUAGCCUCUUGAACAAAUGUAGAUCAAAUGCUGGGCUUCAUUGGUAUUAUUCUUUCUCUUGCCAGUGAAACUUCAUUCUUUGUCUACAGAUCAAUACGUCUCAGUCCCCCAGCUACGUCCUUAAGAAAUUUACAUUUUUCAGGAAGUCAUGCCAAAUUCUUAAUGGAUGGGAAGAUCUUUUCCCAUUUUUUAAACCACAUGUAGCGUGGAACCUUUUCCAACUAAAUCAGCAGAAAUAACAGACUUUGCCACAAAUGCCAUUCCUUUCUCAAAAGCAGUCGGUUGCAUUACUUGUGGUGUCCCAUCACUUACUAGAACUACUUGUAAAAACAAAUUUUAAAGGUAUUUAAAAAAAAAAAAAAAAAGGAAUGAUGCAACUGUGGCAUAGAAGCACUGGGAAGAAUCCAUCUGAGAUGUAAUUCUCGUGAACUUUAAGUGAAUUCCUCUUCUUAUUUCUUGGUGCAUGUUUCACAUCAUACAUUGCUCUCUAUCACUGGAGUCUGGUCAGUCUACCAAAGCGUGCCAUUAGCUAUUUAUAGAUACUAAAAGUUGUUACUGUACAGGUAGAAGACUAAUUUCAAUACACUGCUCCUCUCCAGGUGAUUCUCAAGCCUCUUCUUGCAUUCACCUGUCUCUCUAGCCCACUUCCACCGUAGUCUAGAUUUUAAAACGGGUAAUUAACUUUUCUUUAAAAUGAAUAUUUUAAAGUUUAAAAAAUGGUCAGGAACCACUUAUGCCCAUUAUCAGUACAUAGAAAGAUUUAUUUUAACAAAACAAAGCUAUUGGAACAAAGUGGUGUUUGAGGACAAAAAGUAACAGCAAGCACGUCCUGACCACCCUUGUGGUUUUCUGUUUUCUCCUACAUGCACAGGCACAUGCACUCUCCGAAGGGCAUGCACGCUACCUGUCUAGCACAGCUGCAAGGUGAUAGAAAACAUCCUUUGGUGUUCCUCUUGAGCCCUCUACUGGAGUGCAUAGUAGAGGAGGCUGGGGCAUUAGCCCGUCUGUGCUUUGGUGAACAGUCUAACUGGAAAAGAAGGGUUGGUAGGAAUAAGAGUAACCUAUAAAAAUUGGCUAAAAAUUUUUAGUUAAUCCAGAGUUUUAUCGGUCAGACUCAGAGUUUUAGCUUUUCUUAAGUGGGCAGCAAUCCAAUGUGAAUGUUGCCACUGCCACAAGUGUUUUUAACUAUUAUGAAGUAAAUGCUGCUUUGGCUUGAACACCUGAUUUAGCCAAAGCCAAGGUCAGUAUUCCCAAAAGUUAUGAGGGCAUAUACUGCUUAGGUUUAGAAGCAAGCAGUGAACAAGCCCAGUAUACACUUAUAGCUAACCUCUGCUAUGAUCUAAAGCAUGCUUAAAAUUUUUAAUAGUUUUUUUUUUUUUUUUUAAAUACUAUGGAAGUAUUUUCAGUGGCAUGUUUUCCUUUUGUUUUCAUUUGUAACCAAGGAGAGCCAGCUUUUCUGCUUGUUGCUGGUAUGCUAACAACCUGCUCUGCAAUGGCACGAUCACCCAACUUGCAAGAAUAUCCAUGUUCAUCACAUAGUUCACAGAUAGGUAGAAGACAGGCUGGGAAGAAAUACAGAAAAAAAUAAUUAGAAUUUCCUUUCUUUCCUUUCUCAGGGUUCUGUUUUUCUAGCAAGUGGUAAGGUGUUACAUAUUGAUGCAUUUUUUUUCCUGGAUGACUUUUUCAGAUGUAGGGUGCUCUUGUUAAAUCUGACAGCUGUUAAAAGUUGUUCUUGACUGUCACCUCAACAGCAGCUUUCAAAGAUGUUUUGAAAAAAAAAUCAGCUUAAAACUAAUUUAAUUAAUUUCAUGAGAGGAGCUGCAGAGUGUAACUGCUUCUUAAUGUACAUGCACUGCAUAGGAUCUAGAAGACUUUGCUGUGAUUCUUUAAAACCUGUGUGCCAAUUAGUUCAGUUUAACUUUGUUUUUGUGAUAUUAAAGAAUUCUUCAAGCAUCUGUGGUUUGAUCAACUUUGUAAACUUAUAUUCUGUAAAGUGCCAUAGACUUUUUUUAAUUGUAGCAUAUUUAAAUAUAUAUAUAUAUAUACACAAAUUUGUGUGAGAUGUGCAAUAACAGGAAUGUCUUUUUUUUUUUGUAGGGUUUUUUGUUUUUUGGGUUUUUUGUUUUUGGGUUUUGUUGUUGUUGUUGUUUUUUGGUUGGUUUUUUUUUUGUUUUUUUUUUUGUAGUUCUUGCUAUUAAACAAGGUAUUUGAAAAGGGACUUCCCAGGGAAGAAUUGGUGUGUUGGUGGUGUGGACAAACUAAGCAUAGACUAAUGCAAUAGAGUUACGGAUUUCAAAGAUGAAUACAACAGUAACAGUAGCUUAAAGACUUAACAAAAAUCUCUUUUAGUGUGAUUUCAUCUAUAUAAUACAACUGAAAUGUGAAGUUGUAGCUAUCUCUGGCAAUGUACAAUCUGAAAGCUGAAAAGGUUCAGCAAAGUUUCUUAGUGUGCUUUAUUUAUCAUGUGGCAUUGAAAAAAACAUUGCUACUGAGCUAUUUCUGGUUUGUCCAUAUCACCUUUGUCUCCAUUUUGCUCCAAGUUCUUUGGAUUCUGAGAUUUGUUCAGCCCAGUCAUUUCAGUUCUGAAUUGUUAUCCCACAUCAGAGUAUCUCACUUGUGUUCCUUGAAAGCCGUGGACACUGGUGCCUGGGAUAAGGAAAGGUCAGAGCCCUACAAAAGCAUGGCCUGGCAGCAGCAUGCACACCACAGCCACAGUACAGAAAGAGAAGCUGUGGCAACCCAACUAGAUUAGAUUUUGAGCCAUGGUUUAUUUGUGGUACUGUUUAUCUGUUCUUGAGUCGCCACUAUGUACACUUAUUAGCACGAAUUAUGUACCUAAUAUGUUAUUUUUUUGAAUCUAAAUUUCAAUUAAAAUUGAGUUAUUGAACUGUAACAGGAGUAUGACUAUCUUAAUCCAAACAUAUUAGGUAUGUUUAGCCAGAGCAAGUUUUCUUUAAUUGUAGCUUUGAUAGCAUUUAAGAAACCCAGCCCAGUGAUUUUGUUAGUGUUUUAGUUUUUUGACUAACAAUUACUGAUCAAAAAGUAUGUGAUUUGAAAUUGUACCUAUGCAUUAUUACAGUACAGUCGCAUUAAAGAGACUCUCUGAUUAGAAA